AUGACUCUGCAGUGGACGGCUGUGGCUCUAUUCCUCUAUGGAGAGAUAGUCAUCAGUCUCAUCCUGUGUAUACCCUUCAUAUCAGCACGGAGAUGGCGUUUGGUUUUCAACUGGGGAAUAUGGAACUGGUUAUCGCCAUAUUGGAACAGAUGCUUCUUUACUAUGAUCAUGGUUCUCAUUGUUCUCUUCCUUGAUGCCCUCCGUGAAGUGAGGAAGUACUCGGAGCCCCAGCCCAUACAAGACGCCAACUUGAACCCCAAUUUGUACGACCAUGUGCUCAUGAAGCUGUUCAGAGCCCAGAGGAACCUCUACCUAUCUGGCUUCUCUCUCUUCCUCUGGCUCAUCAUGCGCCGGAUUGUCACCUUGCUAAACCAGGCUGCUGUCACACUGGAGAGCAGUGCAGGCCUUCAGGCGCAGAUGGACAAUGCAGUCAAAGCGGCCAAGCAGCACCAGGAGGACAACCUGAAGCUCAAACAUGCGCUCCUGGAAGAGGAAAACUCAACGUCAUCAAAAAAACAGCAGGUGAGGCUAGAGGUGGAAGAGCUGGCAGGUCAACUGAAGACUGCAGACGAGGCCGUGCAAAAGUCUCACACUGAGGUGGAAGCCAUGAAGAGGCAGGCCAAAGGUCUGGCCCAAGAGUAUGACCGACUACUGACAGAACACCAUCAACUCCAGAAUCUCCAGGGUACAGACAAAAAGGAUCAGUAA